AUGAAUUACGCCUAUCGCCUUUUGGAUAAUGUAAAAUACUUCUAUAAAACACUUAAUCCAGCUUCACUUUCUGGGGCAAUUGAUUUGAUUGUUGUGGAACAGCCGGAUGGAUCAUAUUUGUCAACACCAUUUCAUGUAAGAUUCGGAAAAUACGGCGUUUUAAACAGCGACGAAAAAUAUGUGGAUAUAACAAUAAAUGGCGAAGAAAUAGAUUUAAAAAUGAAGUUGGGUGAAAAUGGUAUUGCAUUCUUUACUGAACCAACUACAGAUGCUCAUGUUCCUGAAUAUCUAGUGACGAGCCCAGUCCCAGGAAGUAGCUCUACUCCAGUUGAUGGAAAAGAUCUUGCUGAAAGGAUAGAAAAAAUCCGACGAGAAUUGUCACGUUCAAGAUAUAAAAGAGCGCUAUCAGAAUGUUCUAGCUCUUGCUCACAUUCUUCCCAUUCACGCGAGAAUUCUUGUGAAUUAGACAUUCAGCGUAGAAAAACACUUCCAUUCAAUGCAUCGCUAUUCAAUCAACGUAAGAAUCGAUCCUUACCGAAUCUUACUGAUCUUACCGACAAUCAGCAAGAAGAACAUACUGAAAGAAUUAUGAAAAAUAAUAGGCAGUUGAUGUACUCUCAUUCAUUCGCUACAAGACGCAGUUUAUCACCUCCAGCUUGCACCUUUCGCAAGAAGCAUAAAUUAUCAAACUCAACAAAUGAGGAAAGUGAUGUAGAUGAUGCAGCAUCAACAGUUUCCAUUGAUAGUGAAACAGAUCGUUUGAAAGUUCCUGGGUUAGGUAUGAUUACUGAUGGUGCAUUUUCGGAUUCUGAACUUGAUCGACAUCGAGACACUCCUGAACCACACAAAACUCAAGUAAUGGUAUGGAAAUGGGGCGAGCUGCCAAGAACACUUGAAGAAACGGAAAAAGCAAAAAAGCAAGAUGUGAAAACUGAACAAGAAAAAAAAGGAUCAACAUGGGGUGGAUGGUUUCGCUGGUCACGUGCUAAACCAACGGAAGAUCAGGGUGUUUAUUUGGAUGAUCUUGUACAAAGUGCCAGUGAUCCCAGUAAAAUCGAAAAAUAUCUGGGGAUGUCACCUCCCACCACGUGUCCUUCACCACCCAAUGAUAGCGGGAAUGAUUCUGUAAUGGGAAUGAAUUCUCCCCCGAAGAUCAGUGAUAAUGAAAACGAAACGAAUAGUGAGAUACAGCAGCCAGAACGAACUUCAAUUCCAGCAUCCGACAGCAAGAAGCAUACGAUUGAUGUAAAUGUAUCGGAUAAUCAGUAUUCUCUUCGGCCUUCCGAAGCACAUGAAUCGGUAAUCGAAUCACACGAAUAUGAAACGAAAAGAAAUGCUCGCAGUGUGACUCCUUCCAGUGACAUCUUUCCUAUGAGUGAUGAAGAAGCAGAAAGUGCAAUACCUCUGUCUUCCGGUCCAGAGACUACUGUACAAUUUCCGAAGUACAUCCGUUCUUUACGGCUUUCCAGUGACAAAUUGAAAAAGUUGGGGUUACGCAAAGGGGCAAACGAAGCAAGAUUUUCGAUCACUACAAAAUUCCAGGGUACCACAUGGUGCAGUUGUCAUAUUUAUCUAUAUAAAUGGACUGAACGUCUAGUUAUCUCCGACAUAGACGGAACCAUAACUAAAAGUGAUCUGUUAGGACACGUUAUACCAGCUAUUGGCGGUCAGUGGGCUCAUGCCGGAGUCGCAGAACUGUAUACUAGAAUCAAGGAAAAUGGCUAUCAGCUGGUUUAUUUAUCUUCUCGAGCAAUAGGACAGAGUUAUUCUACAAAGAAAUAUUUGCAAAGCAUUGCUCAGAACGCAAAGUUUUUACCCGAUGGACCGUUGUUGUUAUCGCCUACGUCUGUGCUGAUGGCUUUCAGAAGGGAAGUUAUAGAUCGCAGACCAGAAGAAUUUAAAAUCGCUGCUUUGACAGAUUUAAAGGAAUGCUUUCCGGUAAAACGUCCAUUCUACGCUGGUUUUGGAAAUCGCGAAACAGAUGUGGUGAGUUAUCGAGCAGUAGAUAUACCUCCUGAUAGAAUACUUAUUAUUGAUAAACAGGGUCGGGUCAGGCGCGCUGAUUCCAUUGGUUUCGAAACAUCAUUUAUAUCACUAGCAAUGGAUACAGUUGAUUACAUGUUUCCUCCACUCACCCGUCGACGAAACGAGCGUCAAAGAUCAGGCGUGCCGAAGAAAAAUUCGUUUAUUUUGACACCGUCAUUUUACAAAGCACACAAUUAUAGUAAUUUUACCCACUGGCAGUCAAAAGCAGGGUGUGCUGUUCGUUUGGAUGACAAUACAUUGGAAAGUUACGAGGCGAAGAGGAAAAGUUUUCGUAGAAAACACAAAAAGAAAUAA